AUGGAAGAAGAUGCCAUCAUCAACGGGACUGAUGCUGUAAACGCCAUGCAUCCUUGUUAUGAGCGCUACAAUGCAUCUUUAAUAUUCACCAGCAACCCUUCUAUAACGUGUGUUUUUGUGUAUUGUGUUCUUGGUUUAUUGUCCGUCGCUACAAUAUGUGGGAACCUUCUCGUGGUCAUCUCUGUCGUUUACUUCCAAAAGCUUCACACUCCGACUAACUACUUUAUUCUGUCUCUCUCUGUGGCUGACCUGCUUGUUGGUGUUUUAGUUUUUCCUUUCAGCAUGGCCUUUACUGUCACUUCCUGUCUUUCCCACGAGGAUUUAAUCUACCGAUAUUACGCCGUGUGUCAGCCUUUAACAUACCGAUCGAAAAUAAGCGUUCAAGUAGCUUUGACAAUGAUUCUAGUGUGCUGGGGUGUUGCCGCAAUGAUUGGACUUGGUAUUAUUAUAGGAGGAUACAGUCAAGGAACUUGUGAGGAAAUGUGCUCCGUUAAUGUUAUUUUAUCCAACAUUAUGGGGCCCGUUUUAGCGUUUUACCUCCCUGCAGUCAUUAUGAGCUGCAUCUACUUGAAGAUUUUCUUCGUGGCUCAGAGACAGGUGAGCAGCCUCCAGAGUUCAAAGUCUGUGAGCAAACUGGAAAGAAAAGCCACCAAAACGCUGGCGAUUGUUAUGGGAGUGUUCCUAUUGUUCAUGUCGCCGUACUUUUUCUGCGUGGUCUUUCAGCCAUUAUUCGCCGAACCGCCAUCGAUUCCUGUGAUUGAAACGCUAAACUGGCUCACGUUAUCGAACUCGAUGCUGAAUCCGUUUAUUUAUGCUUUUUUUUAUAACUGGUUCCGCUCCGCUUUCAAAAUGAUCAUAACUGGAAAGAUAUUCCAGGGGGAUUUUGCUGAUUGCACAUUGAUGUGA